AUGGCCACGACCAUCAUUGUGAAUAGUCCAUCGGAUGAAGAAAUUCCAUCCAGAAAUGAACGGGAACAGACUUCCUUGCCUAACACGCCGAUAAUAUACAAAUCACUUCCACAAAGUAUUCGCAAAUCGGUCGAAAUGGAUCGAAGACAUCGUUUACCUCACGCUCGUUCUGCAUCCGAUUUUCUGAAUAUUAAUCAAUCCUCAAUCGAUACAACAGAUGACGAUUUAUACGAUCAUUAUGAAACAGUAACAACAACAACCACAACAACCAACUCAAGUCAAAAACAUUCAUUAAUUGUUUCACAAGAUCGACAAACACCGUCUGAAUUACGUUUAAUUGUCAUGCCUGACGCACCUCGUCGACGUUUGCAUGAACAAGCAAAUCCUUUGUCACUCUCGACGCAAAAUGAUGAACUACUUCGUUCAGAUCCAUCGUUACUCGAUAGUAAAGCAUCGAAACAAAGUCGAACUGAACAAUUACGUCGUCACAUUCUCGAACGUCGGAUUGGUCGACGCAUUCACUCGACAUUCUCUUCAUCAUCAUCAACACUACGUUCGUUGAGUCGACGUCUUCCACUACAAAAUAUGUCGCCACGCGUGAACCGCCAGCAACCGUUCUAUUUACCUCGAAAUUCCAAAUGGCAUUUCGUUCGUAAUCAUCUUUCCGAUAUUGCGAUGAUGAGCGAAUCGUACGCUCGGAUGCGACUUAUUGAACGCGACCUACGUUGGAUACAUUUACGUGAACUCAUACGUCAGCAAGUACUAGAAAUGCGCGAAAUGUCCGUUCUUCGUCAACAGUACGAUGGAACAUUGAAGAUAUCCCCUAAGAGCGCUUUGGAAAUCAAAGCUAUUCCGCUGAAUGAAGUGGUUCACGUCGAACGUGACGGACGAGUGUACUCGAUAAGUACACGUGAUCUUGUUCUCGGUCGAUCGAUCAACGACGAAGACGUCCAAUUGGAUACAUUUGCUCAAUUAGAUGCACGACGAAAAUUUCAAACCAAGCAGAGUCUUCUGAAACAACAAGAAGGACGAACGCGUUUGAAGAAAAAUGUCGCUUUUUCAUUUUGUUUAUGUAAUUUGUCAUUUAUAGGUAUUAUGUUUGCUGCUAUGUUCAUUUUUGCUAUGAAGACACUCAUGGAAUUAAGAACAAAAAAUUUUCCCUAA